AUGCCCUCGCCGACACCUUUUAGACGCUGGCGGGGGUGUUUGCCACCCUNGACGCUGGCGGGGGUGUUUGCCACCCUCAACGGCACCGUCGCCCCCGCCGCCGACGUCGACCCCACCGCGUCCCAGGACGCCGACGCUGACGGCAAGGGCAAAAAGCCCCGCAAGAAGCGGGCCCCUCGCGACCCCGACGCCCCCAAGAAGCCGGUGACGCUGUUCUUCCUCUACCGCGACGCCGUCCGCGACCAAUUGAUGAAGGACAACCUCACCGAGGACGGCGUUCCCAUGACCAACGUCGAGUUCACCAAGUUGGUGUCGGAAAAGUGGAUGGGCGAGCCCGAGGACGUCAAGGCCAAGUACAAGGAGGAGUACACGCAGAAGUGGCUGCAGUACCAGAAGGAGUUGGAGGCGUACAAGCACAAGAAGGCGUUGGAGGCCGGCGACGCCGACGCCGACGCCCCCGAGGUCGUCGAGGUCGAGGAGCUGGUGACCGAGGUCGCCGCCCCGGAAGACGACGACGAGUCGGCGGAAGAACCCAAGCAGGAGCCCGCGGUGGAAACCAAGGAGAAGAAGAAGAAGCGCAAGUCCGAAGACAAGAGCAAGAAGACCGACGACAAGCCCAAGAAGAAGAGCAAGAAGAAGAAGUCGGAAAAGUCCGAGUGA